AUGUUCCAAGCAAAUCUCCUUCUCUGGCUGUGCAGCAUCUGUGUCGGCGACUUUUUCAUUAUCGCCUUCGAGGGUGUUUGGAUUCUCCUCAAGGUGUGGUUCCGCUUUGACAUUCGAGACCUGAACGACGGAAUUUGCGUUUUUCACAAGACCGCCUCCAAUUACUUCCUCUACUGGUCAGCCUACAUGCAGUGUGCGCUGUCUGUGCAGAGGGCAUACUUUGUGUUUCGACCCCUGAGACCGAGAGCCAGGAGUUCUGUCUCCUGGCAACAUAUGCUCAUUUGGGUCGCCAUCACACUGUUCCUUCUGCUGCCAAUGAUCCCCUAUCCGAUUUACUGGCGUGUAAUUAACAAUGACUGUGAUCCGCUCGAUGGCAAUGCCUUCUACGUCACAACCCUGAAUGACCUCAUAAUCUGGGGCAUUAUACCCCUGAUGGGUAUGACAAUUUCCACAGUUGUUAUCUGCUGGAAUAUGGCCCAGGCGGCAAAAAACCUGUCCUGUCAGCCUAGCAUAAAAGCAGCAAAGCCCUGGAAUGGCGCCGAAAGCACUGAUAGCAAAACCAGAUGGAUGUCGCGAACGUCAGUUACUAGCACAUCCAGUAGUGCUCUCUUCUCGACAAAAUUCAGACGUAAUACCAUAGGCAGUGCUCUCUUUACGACGAAAACGCAGGACCAUCUGCAGAGACCCUUCGCCGCCCAAAAAAGAACCACAGUUGCAUCCAACCACAGCAGCUUUAUAGGCCACCUACAACAAGCUAGCCUCGGGACAGUUGGUGAGCUGAAACGGAGCAGCAGCGUCGAGCUGAGCAACUUUGGCAGUUCUCGGAACGUGGAUGCCAACAGUGUCCGACACAAUGCCACUGACAAUACCGGACAGGUCACUCGCCUCCUGGUGUGCAUGAACAUCUGUUAUCUGGCCAGCACAUUUCCCCUCCUCAUAUUCCUAAUGUUUCGCAACUUCAGUAGCAUCCAUGUGCCGCCUGAUAUUCACAGAUUUGCAUACUACCUCUGUCGCAGUUUCUGUUUCAUCAACUCCUGCACAAACUGGAUCUUCUACUGUCUUGUGGGGAAGCGCUUUCGUCAGCAGGCGAAGCGGAUUAUUCUUGUUUGCCUUAAGGCCAGUCGAUUUCGUUCAGAAGAUACUACUGACGGCCAGCGGAUGAAAAACAGCUCCGUCCACCAAGAGAACAUAGUAUGGCAGGAGGACGGUCAACUAAAACAACAGUCGGGGGAGGUGAAGAAUCCCAGAAGCCGGUCUACUGUGCACGACAUGAAACAGAUUGUAACAGGCAUUCCAAACCGAUGA